AAAAGAAGAAGUUUGAGGUUUGCUGAUGAAUUUCAUGUCAACCCGAUCGGGAUUGCUGGUGGUUUAGCUCUUUGGUGGGUGUCGGGCUUACCUAUCACAAUCCUUGAUAGUAGUUGUUUUUUUAUCGAUGUUUUUGUUGAUGUUAAUGGGGGGUUUUUUAUCACGUUUGUUCAUGCUCAAGUGGGCUGUUGGGCGUUAUCGUAAGAAACACUUUUCAUUUCAUCCCCGUAGUUCCGCUUCUUGUUCUAAGCAGAGAGACUUGUUCUUGCUCUCCCAAUUCAGGAAGACGGAAAUCGCGCCCCGUCUGAUCCGGCUCGAAGGAGGGAUUUUUGGGAUCAAAUUAGUAACCUGAGGUCUAAUGUUGAUGAUAAAUGGGUGGUUAUUGGGGAUAUGAAUGCGGUGUUGUUUGCUGAGGAGAAGAAGGGUGGGAAUGAGCCUCGAAAUGUUUCUACUAUGCCCUUUAAAUCUUUUGUUGCUGAGAACGGUUUAAUCGAUUUGGGGUUUAAGGGCUAUCCCUUUACGUGGAAAAAUAACCAGGAAGGGCUGCGUCGUAUUGAGGAGAGGCUCGAUCGAGGACUUUGCUCUACUUCGUGGUUCUCGAUAUUCAAUAAUGCUAUGAUCUUUCAUGAGUUGCCAAUUGAGUCUGACCAUUGUCCGUUGAGAUUGGAAUUUGAAGGGAAUCGAAGUAAGUCUAAGGCUCCAUUCCGCUUUGAUACUAGAUGGCUUCAAAAGGAGGAGUGCGUUGAUAUUAUUAACCGGAAUUGGGAAGGUGGGGGCUUUUGCCAUGAAAGACUGCACAAAUGCGAGAAGGAAUUGACUCGAUGGGCUCAUCAGAUGUUUAAAGAUCAGAAUAAAAGGGCUGAGGAAAUCCAGGUGAGGUUGGGGGAUAUUCUUCUACUUGAUCGAUCAGUAGAAGUUAUUGACGAGGAAAGAGGCCUCAUGGAGGAGCUUGCUGCAAUCUGGAAGGAUGAUGAAUUGUUGUGGAGCCAACGGUCCCGGGUUGAUUGGCUCAGUGUGGGAGACCAGAACAACAAAUUUUUUCACGCUUCCACUUCUCUCCGGAAGCUUCGAAACAAAAUUUCUGCUCUCAAGGAUGAUAACGGGAACUCGAUUACCCAACCUGAAGAUCUCUCGAAUCAUGUUUUGGGUUUCUAUCAAGAGUUGUUCACUAAGAAAGAAGGCCUUAAUGAUGAUGCCCUUCAAGAUUUCCCAAGGCUGGUUUCUAAUGAAAUGAAUAUGGAUUUAGACAAAGAUCCAUCUGUUGAGGAGAUUCGAGCUGCGGUGUUUGACCUUGGCCCUACGAAAUCACCAGGGCCUGAUGGGUUUGCUGGGUCAUUUUACUGUAAGUUUUGGAGCAAAAUUGGACCAGACUUCUGUAGUGAAGUGAUUGAUUUCUUCAGAUCUGCUAAUAUGCCACAGGGGUGGAAUGAUACUCAUAUUGCCCUUAUCCCUAAGGUUCUUGCUCCGGAGACGAUCUCACAGUUUCGUCCUAUUAGUUGCUGCAAUUUCAGAUACAAGAUCAUUUCUAAGAUUCUGGCGAGUCGAAUGAAGAAGUGGCUGCCGAGUUUGGUUUCUGAGAUGCAGGCAGCUUUCACAGGGGAGAGACUAAUCCAGGACAAUGUCAUUAUUGUCCAUGAGAUGCUGCAUAACUUCAAAAAUCGUAGAUCUGGUGACUGGGAUAUGAUGGUGAAACUGGAUAUGAGAAAAGCCUACGACUUAGUGGAUUGGGAUGGCCUUGAUUCGAUCCUGCUUGCUUAUGGGUUUUCGGAUAAAUGGAGAGGUUGGAUUCGUGCAUGUAUCAGGACAGUCAAGUUCUCUAUCCUCCUGAAUGGUAAUCCUACUGAGCCGUUUUUGCCAUCUAGAGGCAUCCGACAAGGAGACCCCAUUUCUCCUUUCUUGUUUAUUCUUAUGUCCAAUGCUCUGUCUCUCCUAAUUGAAAAGGGUAUUGAGAAAGGUGAUCUUCGUGGAAUCAAGCUCAACCAAAAUUGCUCGAGAAUUUCUCACUGUUUGUUUGCGGACGACACUGUCAUCUUUGGGAAAGCAAGUGUUAUGGAAGCGGAUAGGAUUCUGGAGAUCAUUAAAAUUUAUGGUAGCACCACUGGGCAGGAAAUCAAUGCGUCCAAGUCUUCAAUCUUUUUUAGCAAGAACACCCCUCCGGCUAUCCGUCUUCUGGUGAGCAGUAAAUUUGGGUUUCCAUCAACUAUUUGUCACGAUAAAUACUUGGGGGUUCCAACCGAGUGGGGUAGAUCUAAAAAAGAAACCUUCAGGUUCUUGCUGGAGCGAAUGGAAAAGAAAGGUGAAUCCUGGAAGAGCCUUUUACUGUCUCUUGGAGGGAAAGAAGUUCUGCUGAAGGCAGUUAUCCAAGCUUUACCAACCUAUAUCAUGAGUGUUUUCUUGCUUCCUUUGAGCCUAACGAACAAAAUGGACUCGAUCCUGAAACGGUUCUUCUGGUCGGGGUCCAUGAGGAGAAAGGGCAUCCAUUGGUGUAAUGCGAGGGAGCUGGAAAAACCUAAAGAAGAAGGAGGAUUGGGCUUCAAGAACUUCCACCUCUUCAACCUUGCGCUUAUUGGAAAACAGGUUUGGAGACUGUUUGACAACCCUGAUUCCUUGUGGGCUAAGCUCCUGAAGGGGCUUUACUUUCCAAAUGAUGAGUUGUUCUCGGCAAUGAAGGGACGAAAGAGCUCCUGGAUUUGGAAUGGCCUGUGGGAGGCAAAAGAACAUAUGAAGAGUGGUUUGGUACGAGGGAUUAUGUCUGGGGAGGAUUCUUGGUUCCAUUGUGACCCUUGGCUUCCGUCCAUUCCAGGUUUCAACCUUUCUCACUUGGGAUUGGAGCCAUCCAAAGUUAGUGAGUGGAUUGACCGUGACUCCCGAUGCUGGAAUAUGGAUGCUAUUCGAAAUCUGGUGCCUGAUGAGAUUGCGCAUGCUAUUGCCAGAGUUCCGGUCGGUCCCUUGGCUACUAAGGACAGCUGGGUUUGGCGUCUUACAGAAUCGGGUGGGUACAGUGUUAAGUCUGCCUAUCGGAUGUUCCGUGAAAAUCGAGAUUCCAUUCCGAUAAAUGAUUUGACUGCUUCUGCUCGACCUAACAAAGAUGAUUGGAAAUGGUUGUGGGACCUCAAGCUUCCUCCCAAGCUUCGUUUGUUCAUCUGGAAGUGUUGUAAAAAUGCAAUCGCAACCCGAGUGAGGCUGUUUGCUCGCAAGUGUGCUCCUAACCCGCUGUGUCCUCUCUGUGAGAGCCAAGAGGAAACGAUUAUACACUGCUUCUUCCACUGUUCCAAGGCGGGUGAGACUUGGUCCCGACUUGGUUUGGUGAAUGAGAGCCCCUUGGAUGACUCUUGCUUUGUGGAUUGGUUCUUUGGGCUUAAAGACAGGGUCCCCGUUGCCCAUAUUACCAAAAUUGUGUGUUCCCUUUGGAAUAUUUGGAUUGCUCGAAAUGGGUGGGUAUUCGAGGGUCGGGCGUUCUCUCCGCCCUCUGUGGCAAUAUUAGCUGAACGUGAUGUUCUAAAUAUCCAAGAAGCUAGGAUUGGAUCCUCAGCUCAUCCUUCCUCAAGUCCAGCCGGUUUGCCUUCUCAGCCUGGGAGUUCUCGGUCGUCGACCUUUUCACCGCCUGGUCCUUUCAGUAAGGUUGUGCAUUGUGAUGGUUCCUUUGUUUCUGAUGCACAGAUGGCGGCUUAUGGGAUUGCUAUUGCAAACUCCCACGGUCAGGUUAUCGACGGGAAGGCUGAGAGAUUCUUUUGUUCUUCUCCGUUACAAGCGGAAGCGUUUGCGAUUCUUAAUGCAGUUAUCUGGGCGGCCCAGGAUCCUGUCCCAACGUGUGUCCGUUCUGAUUGUCAACGUUUGACGAAUGCGUUGAGACAGGAUCCGAGCCUCUGGCCCUGGCAGUGCCGGGCUUCCCUUGCUCGGGUGGUCUCCAUUCUUUGUGCCUCUCCUUGGAUCUACGUCGAGUUUGUUCCUCGGCAAUUCAAUAAGUUAGCUGAUUGGAUCGCUAGGAACUCUCGUCUUGAUCUCCUUCCUCCAGAAUGGAUUGUCAUUGCCAACCUUGUCGCUCCAUUAUUGUAAUCGUUGUGCUCCCCUUUGUUUGGGUUUGGAAUGAAAUGAAUGAUAUUUGUUGUCAAAAAAAAAAAGGGUUUAUGAUAGUGGUUUUGUGGGGUGAUUUUCGUCUCCUUACAUGGCUAUAAGGAUGAUAUGAUUUUCUCACUAUCAAAUCCCAACCCGGCGCAUUAAUUAUACAUAUGUGUAUGUGUUUAAUUUAGAAAUUAUCUUUAUUUUUCUCAUCAAAUUUGAUGUUUUCUAUACAUAUAUAAUAUUUUCAUGAAAUGGUUUUCUCUACCACCAAUUUUCUUCGUUCUAGUAACUCAUUGUUGUAUUUUUCACUUAUUUAAUGUCAAUAUACGUGUCAUUGUUAAUAUGUUUGUUGAAGUUCUGAAGAAAAAUUACUACUCAUGAAUAACUAUGAAUAUCCGAACCUCAAUCUACCAUGAAUAUGAUUUUAAUUUUUUUUAUCAGAUUCUUAUAUGGAUACGAGUAUGUGUGGAUAAAAUUCAAAUUAAUUUGAAUAAAUAAACAAGUGAACG